AUGAACGACCCUUCUUUACUAGGCUACCCUAACCUGGGCCCGCAGCAACAGCAGCAACAACAGCAACAGCAACAUGCCGGGCUACUGGGAAAGGGUACACCAAACGCUCUACAGCAGCAGCUACACAUGAACCAACCCUCCGGAAUACCUCCACCGGGGCUCAUGAGCAACAACGAUGUACACACUCCCAGUAACAACAACUCGCGCCAGUUGCUCGACCAAUUGGCCAAUGGGAACACAAACAUGCUCAAUAUGAACAUGGAUAACAACAACAACAAUAACAGUAACAACAACAACAAUGGCGGCGGCAACGGGGUGAUGAUGAAUGCUUCUACAGCCACAGCAAAUCCUAUAGGGAUGGUUCCGACCGUUGGCACGCCUGUGAACAUCAAUGUGAACGCUAGCAACCCUUUAUUACACCCGCACUUAGAUGACCCUUCUUUACUAAACAACCCGAUCUGGAAGCUCCAAUUGCAUUUGGCAGCGGUGUCCUCACAGUCUCUGGGACAGCCUAACAUUUAUGCCAGGCAAAACGCUAUGAAGAAGUAUUUGGCUACACAACAGGCUCAGCAAGCUCAGCAACAAGCGCAGCAGCAGGUACAGCAGCAGAUCCCAGGUCAAUUUGGUCCUGGACCUCAGGCUGCACCACCAGCUUUGCAGCCCACCGAUUUUCAGCAAUCUCACAUCGCAGAAGCCUCGAAAUCACUGGUCGACUGCACGAAGCAGGCCUUGAUGGAAAUGGCCGACACUCUCACCGAUAGCAAGACAGCAAAGAAACAACAACCUACGGGAGACAGCACUCCCUCAGGCACAGCAGCUAACAGUGCAGUGUCUACACCUUUGACACCUAAGAUAGAGCUGUUUGCUAAUGGCAAAGAGGAAGCCAACCAAGCGCUCUUGCAACACAAGAAACUGUCUCAGUACAGUAUUGAUGAAGAUGACGACAUUGAAAACAGGAUGGUCAUGCCUAAGGACUCCAAGUACGACGACCAAUUAUGGCACGCACUAGAUUUGUCCAACUUACAAAUCUUCAAUAUCAGCCCCAACAUCUUCAAGUACAAUUUUCUGACGAGGCUGUAUUUGAAUGGCAACAGUCUCACGGAGCUGCCAGCGGAGAUUAAGCACCUAAGCAACCUACGCGUUUUGGAUCUAUCACAUAAUAGAUUGACGUCUCUACCCGCGGAAUUAGGAUCAUGUUUCCAAUUGAAAUACUUAUACUUUUUCGAUAACAUGGUCAGCACGUUACCAUGGGAGUUUGGCAACCUAUGCAAUCUGCAAUUUCUUGGUGUGGAAGGAAACCCCCUAGAAAAACAAUUUUUGAAGAUUCUCACAGAAAAAUCUGUCACGGGAUUGAUUUUCUACCUUAGAGACAACAGACCGGAGAUUCCCUUGCCGCAUGAACGUAGGUUCAUCGAAAUCAAUACCGAUGGGGAACCACAGAGGGAAUACGAUUCUUUGCAGCAAUCCACGGAGCAUUUGCCCACCGAUUUAGCCAAGAGGACGUUCACCGUCUUAUCCUACAAUACCUUAUGUCAACACUAUGCCACCCCAAAGAUGUACCGUUAUACACCAUCAUGGGCGUUAAGUUGGGAUUACAGGCGCAAUAAAUUAAAGGAGCAGAUUCUGUCGUAUGACAGUGAUCUGUUGUGUUUACAAGAAGUGGAGUCCAAGACUUUUGAAGAGUAUUGGGUACCCUUGUUGGAUAAGCAUGGUUAUACAGGUAUUUUCCAUGCAAAGGCAAGAGCUAAGACCAUGCAUUCCAAGGACUCCAAGAAAGUAGACGGGUGUUGCAUUUUUUUCAAAAGGGACCAAUUCAAGUUGGUCACCAAAGACGCUAUGGAUUUCAGCGGUGCUUGGAUGAAACACAAAAAGUUCCAAAGAACUGAAGACUAUUUAAAUCGCGCAAUGAACAAGGAUAACGUUGCAUUGUUGUUAAAGCUUCAACACAUUCCUAGCGGUGACACCAUAUGGGCAGUCACCACGCAUUUACACUGGGAUCCAAAAUUUAAUGAUGUCAAGACAUUCCAAGUGGGUGUCUUGCUAGAUCAUUUGGAAACACUGCUAAAGGAGGAGACGUCGCACAAUUUUAGACAGGAUAUUAAGAAAUCUCCUGUGCUCAUUUGUGGUGAUUUCAAUUCAUAUAUCAACUCCGCCGUAUACGAAUUGAUAAGUACAGGCCGUGUCCAAAUGCACCAAGAGGGAAAUGGCAGAGAUUUCGGUUACAUGUCAGAAAGAAACUUCUCACAUAACUUGGCUCUCAAAUCCAGUUAUAAUUGUAUCGGAGAACUUCCAUUCACCAAUUUCACACCGUCAUUUACAGACGUCAUCGACUACAUAUGGUUUUCCACGCAUGCUCUAAGAGUGCGUGGGCUAUUGGGUGAAGUGGACCCCGAAUACGUGAGUAAGUUUAUCGGGUUCCCCAACGACAAAUUUCCCAGUGACCAUAUACCAUUGUUAGCAAGGUUUGAAUUUAUGAAGACAAAUACAGGCAGUAGGAAAGUGUGA